UUAACCUUCAUCUUCUUCUCAACAUGAGGUCUUCCAUGGCUCUGUCCAAUUCCUUUCUGCUCUUGCUCCUUGGUUUCCUUUGUUGUAGCUCGACAGAAGCCCACGUCGAGUUUGGAUUCUACAACGAUACAUGUCCCCAUGCAGAGGCUAUAGUUCUUCACGAAAUGACAAGGAUUAUAGCUGACGACCCAACACUUGCAGGCUCGUUGUUGCGGAUGCAAUUCCAAGAUUGUUUUGUUAGAGGAUGUGAUGCUUCCAUCUUGUUGGAUUCUUUGAACAACAACGUGGCUGAGAAGGAUGCCAUCCCCAACAAAAGCCUUCGGGGUUUCGACGUGAUCGAUCGGGUCAAGGCUAAGCUGGAGGAAGCUUGUCCGGGGAUCGUCUCCUGCGCUGACAUCAUAGCCAUGGCAGCUCGUGAUUCGGUUUACUUGGCAAAUGGACCAUAUUUUCCGAUUCAAACUGGCCGAAGAGAUGGAAACAAAUCAGAAGCUUCUGACCUCAUGGCUAAUCUGCCACCACCGACUGCCAACAUCACCGAGCUCAAAGCUUUCUUCCUCCAGAAAAACCUAACCGUCAAAGACCUUGUUGUUCUAUCAGGUGCACACACCAUCGGUUUCUCCCAUUGCUCAUCCUUCUCGCAGCGACUGUAUAACUUCAGUGGGAAGGGUGACACGGACCCAUCACUGGACAUGGAGUACGCAGAAAAGUUGAAGAGGAAAUGCAAGCCCCAUGAUCAUGAUGACAUGAGGACCCUGGUGAAGAUGGAUCCCAACAGCCCCAGAAGAUUUGACUUGUGCUACUACAGGCUCGUCUCCGAGGGGAAAGGCCUCUUCGCAUCCGAUGAGGCUCUCCUCCACGACCCCGAGACGAGAGCGUACGUCGAGCGCCAGGCCAUGGCAUCGUCGGCAGAGGAGUUCUUCAAGGAUUUUGGGAGCUCGAUGGUUAUCAUGGGAAAGAUCGGAGUGCUCACACACCAGAAAGGCGAGAUCAGAAAGAAGUGCGCUUACGUCAACUAAAUAAGCUUCAUGUUCUCAUGAAACCUGUGAUUGGUGGUCCUCUGGUUUGAUGUCUGCUUCGAGUUUGGGAGUUCGGUCUUGUGGUUUGGAUGGUUGUCCAAUUCUUCAUCAUACACAAUAAUGCCGCCAUGUCUGCGUGCAAUCUGUGGGUGUCUGCAUGCAUUUAUUUGUAAGCAAAAUGGAAGAUUAAGUUGACUACAAUUGCUUCGCUUCCAA